GGGUCGAGCUCAAUUUUGGGUGAUGAAUUGGGGUUUUGAGAUGGGUAUGAACCCGUUUGAAGAAAUGGGGAAAAGGGUUCCGAAAAGGGUAUGGCUUAGAUCUCAAAUGACAAUGGUAUUAAUGGUGGGUGGAAAUCACACUUCAUCCAGGUUUUGUACUCGUUAAUCUGUUUGAUUUUGUUGUUUUUAGACUUAAAUCUCCUGUUUUUAGCUUUUUAGCUUCUGUGAAAAC